ACUGGGGAAGACGAGGUGGAAGAGACCCUCCCGGCAGUCGAAGCACCAGAGUCGCAUGCGUUUCCACAAUAUGAUCAUGAUGAAGGAAAUUCUAUUAGGCCUGGCCGUCCACAGAUAGAUCCCGCCGUGUCGCCGCGUGAGCGAACGCGUGUCCGCGUCCAACGACAUCGCGACCAGCAGCACCUCACAAGGGCACAGCAGAUCGUCCAAUGGUUUGCCGACUCGCAAGAUCCACCGCCUACCUUGGAGUUCUCUGCCUUGACCUUGCACGAUGGUCCGGCCCCUUCGUCGGUUCCUGACGAGGCUGUGGAAGACGGCGAGGGCGAUGACGGAUCGGAGAGCUUCGGCUUUGACAACGAUGUCGCUGGCUUCCUCGAAGCAAUCCGCCAACAAGACACAGCCGGUGGCCCCGACUUUCUACUCGCACAGAGCGACGCGUAUGACCAGAUACUCCGGAAAUUCUUCAGCCAUCAAUGUGACUGUCCAGAACCACGCGCGCGUGAAGAGCCGGAACAUACCUCCACCCUUCCCGAAUACGUCCAACACAUCAGCCGUGCUCUUCCUCCCUUGCCUACCGUCUUUGCGGGACACGAUGAGGCCUGCGAUCCACGUGCUUCCUUCUCACAGUGGCAGAGCUUCCUCUCCGACCAGCCGGCCGAGCCGCUGUCCUUCCGCAAGACACAGGCCUCGCUGUCCCAAGACGCCGUGACCAUCGCGCGACAGUGGGAUGUCGACAGUGUCUGGUUCGGUGCUAGGAGCCUGUCAGCCAUCCGAGCCCCCAAUCAGUUUCGACUCUCCUUCUUCUCACCUCACACGAGUAACAUCUCCACCGCUCAAGUGAUACAGCCUCAUGGCCUGGACCUGGCACAUACGCGUCACACCAUCAUCGGCACCUUCACCACCGCCGGCGUCCGCUUCUCCGUCUUGAUGUUCUUCCCUAGCGGAGCCCCUUCGCAAACACGAGCCUCCACCAACAGCCUCUCCCUCGCACGAUUCAGGGAUCUCUAUGAUGAGAUCAUCCUCCCGGCUGUCCGCGAAACUGUCCCUAUCCACGUGCGACAGGAAAUCCCCGGUUCAUACGACCUGAUCUACGCGAAGUCGCGCGCCUACCAGGAAAAGCCGGGUGCUGGUCGCUGGAGCGCCGAAGACGAGAGUCGAUCGUAUCGUCUGGCAUACGGCAUCCCAGCCAGUGUCCUCCCGCAGUUCUGGGCGGCAGUUGUGAGGAACGCGAAUCGGCAUCGGCUCCAGAGCAAGAAGGGGGACGCAGUUCCCUACUUCCAAAACCCCCGUCUCCUCUUUCAGGCCCACGACCUGAAGAACAUGUUCGCGUCAGAGAGUCUUCAAGACAGCUUGUGUCUGUUUCGGGAUAGUAUAUUAGCUGGCCUCGACCCGAGCCAAAUCGACAUGCACUCUUGCUGGCUAGAUGUGGGCAUGCGAGAUCACGUCCUCAUGCCGCCCACGUCGUCUAACAGCGAGAGCCAAAAUCACCAUCACCAUGAACCGUGGACGCUUCUUUGGAAGAGCGACUGCUGUCGUCAUCUCCACGACCAGGUAGUUGGUGUAGCCCCAGAAGCUCCGAUGGAGGCCACUUACUAUCGGCCCUACCUCCUCCGGGACAUAGGCGGAUACUACGUGAGGGCGAAGUCGACUCGGAAAUCGAACCCUGGCCACCCAGAAGCCAGGUCACCGGGUGUCAUUCGGGCCAAGGCGUACAACUGUAGCAAGGAGCUAUUCGGCGUCAUGUUCAGCGAUUACCAGCUCUUCAGCUCAGGUUUUCUGCCGCUUCUCGCCUUUGGCGAAGGGAUGCUGAAGGACCUGGCCGCCACGGAUCAAAGUCGCCAGCGUGCAUUUGUCUCGCAGCUCAGCCGCUCCCGCAUCCUGGAUGCGUGGGACGCUAAUAAGCGGCAUAUGAGAGCUGUCUCGUCGUUGAAGAGACAAUCCGACUUUGGAAUUCGGAAAGAGGUCACCCUCCGGCUCGAUGUCAUCUUAGCCAUGUGGGUUGGUGGUAGGUUAGAGCCGAAUCAAAGCCCCCAUACGGGCCCAAUGUGCUGGGAAGUUCCUCUCGCUCCUCCUCCUCCUCCUUCUUCUUCUUUGUCAUCAUCUCCGUCAUCGCCUUCCCCUCCCAUCGUCGGAGAGGAGCAGCAUUGGCCUUUCUGGGUGAUUCCGACCCAGAUGCUAACCGCAUUCGUGUCUGCACAAGCUGCCCGUUUUAUACUUCCGCUCGAUCACAUCUUCUCCGAGAUGCUCGCAUUCUAUACCGCACAGCUUUUCUGUCGUCUCUUAAUCCAUGCUGUCAGCAGUGAGCGAGAAUAUAGCUUUGACAACUGGAUAUGGAAAUCGACGUGGCAGGUCAAGUGCGGCAGCCCUAGAAGCGGUCGUCGCAAGGAGCGGAGGGGUCUCGGUCUGGGCGACUCUAUCCGGACUUCUGGCACGCUGUGGAUCCCUGAUGGUCAUAUCAAUUGGCAGACAGGCCACAUCUCGCUCGAGCUUCUGGUGAACAUCUACAUGUCUCGAAGCCCGCUUCAAGCUAAGCUAGCCCACCAGGCCAAUGUUCAAGCAUUUGCCACCAACCAAGUGACUAUCGAGUUACUGUUCCAACGGCUAGUUCGAAAUGCUCGGGCAGAGUACGAUCGAGGGCGUAACCAGGACGCAGAGAUUCUUGCCGACCGUGCCGUCGCUCUUGCGGUGGAAGAGAUCGCCCGUGCUUAUCAUCAGCACUUCCUGGCCAAGCUGCACUCGUACUGGGAUCGGCUCCGAGGUAAGGUCGGACGCCAGAAACUGCCGGCUGUUCACGGCAUCUACGCGGAGGCAUGGGACAAGUACCGUCAAGCUACAGCGGAUGAUGAUAGUAACGGCGACAUCAAUACAUCAUCAUCCUCACUGCGAUCUGCUCUACCGGAGGAGCUGCCUUGCUGGAUGACUACUCGUCGGCGUCUGCCUCCCAAGAACAGCUGGUCUGCCUUUCUCUUUGACCAAAUCUUCUGCCGCCCCAAGCCACCGACCUGGAAUGCACUAUUCUUUCUUCAGCUCUACCGAGGAUUCAAGAAGUUUUGGCAGGAUACAUGUGCGCCGUUGGGCCCCUUCGACGGUCGCUUCAGCCGCCAGAUCGGGUACUACAUCCAGAUUGCAUUCAACUGUGACCACACCAAGGAAUGGGACGUCUUCCGUGUGCCUGUGGCUGAAACACAUAUCUCGAAGACGAUUUUUGAGGAUACGGUGAGCCAGCCAACUAUUCUGCUGCCCACCCGCGACACUAUCAUCGGUUUGCUCGAUGCUAUAAAGAUCCUUACUGGUCACUCUUCCAGCAUCACAAAACGUUUGUCAUGGACAAAACGUCGGCUCAACAAUCAAGGCGAUCAGUACGACCUCCCUAGUCAUCUCGCGGCCAGGCAUCGGGAAGUGGGGCCAUCGACAGAGAGCCAGUCCCUCCUGGAACGGUUCCUACUGUACGCAGUCGUGGCGGUAACAUGA